GGUUAUCUGUUGGUUACUUUUACUUGAUAACAUGGAUCUUGCUUGCUAUGACUGAACAUGAAAUCAAUAUCAUAUUAGUCAGUCUGUUGCGCAGGAGAUCCAGUUAUAAGAAAGUCUACAAUAUAAUUUGCCACAUGAAGGAGGAGAAUACAAUGAGGCAUCACAAAUUAGGUUGGAGUUGGGCCUAGCAGAAAACUCUGUAUUGGCAGAUUAAACAGGUCAUGUAAGCUUGUCCGGACACUUUGAGUUAUCAAGACAAAAAAAUAGGCGGCCAGUCGUGCCGGUCACAAAUGUAAAAUUUAAAUUCAACGUUGUUUUUAAUGCAUUCUCACAUGGGGUGGGUCACCUCACAAUGUAUCUGUAGGUCUCACCCAUGUGAGAGGAGCGUUACAAAUAACCGUUGUGUCCAAAUUUUCAUGUCGCAAAUGGGUUUUAGUCAUAAUCUGGUCUUGUGGAUUCGAGACACCAUCCACAAGCAGAUUUGCUCAGGGGAUCUCCUAUGGGUUGGUAAGGUAGAGAAGUGUGAAUUCACCAGCACAACUGGUUUUUCAAAUUGUAUGUGGUAGCUUCUACAAAUCUGUAGUGAAUCACUUGACAAGAAGUUACGAAUUUCGGGUUUUUUUGGUCUCACCUUAAUUGACAAUUUUACAACUCUUCGGUAUAUACUUAUACAUCGAUUGCACGGCUCAAAUGAGUCUUGCCCAUUCUGUUUCUUCGAAAAAUGGCUGCGAAGGGGCCUCAUGGAGUAAAUUUCUAUGCUGGAUCGUAGUGUGCCUUCAUUUUGUGAUGCCAGAGAAGUUUCUUAUGCGGGCUUGGACGAUGGAAAUCAUACAUUCGAGGUCUGCACCAAUGGGUCUGGAGGCACUAGCUGUGCUAGCUAUAACUGGACUGUUGAUACUAUUCCCCCAACAGCAUAUGUUACAGCAGCAACAUCAUUUACAAAUACUCUUAGUGUGCCCGUAAAUAUUUCUUUCAGUGAACCUUGUAAUGGUGGAGGUGGUUUCGAAUGUUCGUCUACAAAUGCGUGCAACCUUCUCGUGUAUGGUUCUGCCCAAGUUGUGCCAACUACACUCAAGAUCCUUCAGCCCAACCUCGAAUUUUCUCUUACUGUGAAUUUGUCUUCUAGCGUUCAACGUGGACGAGUUAUUCUGGUGAUGGACAAAGAUUUCUGUACAGAUAGUGCUGGAAAUAAAUUUAGGAGAUCAUCAAAUUCAAGUUUUCUGUUACAUAUUGACAGGAGCAGCGUCUUUGUUAAUCUGAGGACUCAUGUCCCCGAAAAGCUACUCCAACUUAACAGUGAAACGAGAACCGUACAAGCAACCAAUAGCUAUGAAAACCUCAAGGUGUAUCUGUAUUUCACACACCCUGUUCUGAACUCCUCUGCUGAAGUGUUGAAUUCUCUCCACACAAGUCAGGGUUCGCUUCUUCCAAUAAAUGGAAAUAGCCUCAGAAGCCGCAGAUUUGGCUUUAUGGUGGAAGAAAUAUCGAGCAUGAGUAUAGUCACAGUAAGCCUUAACUCAAGCUUUAUAAUAAGCAGACAGGGGACCCCAGUUUCUCCUGUUGCUCCAGUUACCUUUCUCUAUGAUUCUCAGAGGCCUGCAGUGAUUUUGACUACAACAUCUAGCACGAGGACCAGAGAAAACAGUAUUUCAGUAUUGAUAGAGUUUACGAAGCCCGUAUUUGACUUCAACUCCUCCCAUAUAUCCAUCACUGGAGGGCACUUACAGAGCUUUCAUGAGAUGACUAAGAGAAUAUAUGUCAUAGAGACGCAGGCAGAAAAUGAUACUAUAGCUAUCAGUGUUCCUGAAAAUGUAACACAGGAUGUUGCCGGAAACAAAAACAUGGCAUCUAAUGUUCUACAAGUCAAGCACUAUUCUGUACCAGUAAUAUCUUUGGUUCUUUCCAAACUUGCGACUGCUGCUUUUGCGGUGACGGCUGUAGUUGCAGGUUUGCUAACUCUUUCAACUGCAAGCCUUCAAUCUGUUGGGGCGUUUCCAAGACCAUCGUCUUCUUUGACAUCUUAUCCCGGAAGGAAUCUUUUUAGAAUUGCAUGCCACAUUCAGGUAUUUGCUCUAUCCAGAUGGUUGGCAGUCACCUUGCCAGUUGAGUAUUUUGAAUUUGCCAGAGGUUUACAAUGGAGUAUCCCCUACUUCAGUCUCCCAUGGGAAACAGGACACGAUCAUCCAUUCAUGGUUGGGUCAACUCCUCCUGGAAAUCCGUAUCCAUAUGCUUCCAAACUUCAUGAACCAGGAACUUUUAAGAAUGUGCAGCCCCAAGAACGGAAUUCAUUUAUGGAUGCUUCGGUUUAUGGGUUGCCACUUACUCCAAUGGAAUAUAGAUCAUUUUUUGAGAGCGGAAAUAUCAAACCGGAGGCUCAAUCUCUUUUGGAUCCACAUAACUCACACGGGUGGAGAGAUUUUAACCGAAGCAUUUUUUGGUUAGCUGUUAUUAGCAGCAGCUUGAUGCUAUUGCAUGCUGCACUCCUGCUUAUCUUAAGAUUGAGGAAGAAAAACUCAGAAAAACAGGGCAGUUAUGGAGCUUUCAUUUUGCCUAGAUUUGAAAUAUUCCUCAUAAUUCUUGCACUGCCUUGUAUUUGUGAAGCCUCAGCAGCUCUAAUCAGAGGAGGAGCAUCUUCGGGGCUUGCAAUUGGCAUUAUCCUUUUGGCUAUUACAUUGCUCCUAUUGCUAGCCUUAUUCUUGUUCCUGUCUAUUGGAAUCACAUUCGGGAAGCUACUUCAAUACAAGGAAAUACAUCAAGAGGGCCUGAUAUCCCACUGGUACCAAGAUAUCAUUCGCGUGACUCUGGGCCCUGGUAAAAGAGGCCAGUGGACAUGGAAGAAGCAGCCCAACUCUCUUCGUCUAACGAUGUUGGGCCCACUAUUUGAAGACCUAAGGGGUCCGCCAAAAUACAUGCUUUCUCAGAUAUCCAUAGGAACCCGCAAGUGGGGGGACAGGAUCAUCGCAUCGGAGGAUGAAACAGAAGAUGCCGAAGCGCCUUUUAUACAAAAGGUGUUUGGUAUUCUCAGAAUAUACUAUACGUUACUCGAAUCUGCAAAACGGGUUUGCCUCGGAAUUGUUGCCGGUUUCUAUUCUGAAAGCUGGUCUUCUAAAACACCAACAAUUACCUUACUAUGCAUCACCUCUUUCCAGCUGUUUUUCCUAGUCCUUAAAAAGCCAUUUAUCAAGAAAAAGGUUCAGUUAGUGGAGAUCAUCUCAGUUUCCACAGAAGUGGGUCUUUUCGCUGCUUGUUUUUUCCUCCUAGGGGUACAAAUUUCGACUGGUGAUGAGAUCAAAAUCGGGAUCUUCAUGAUCUCACUGUUUCUGGUUGCCUUUAUGGCACAAAUGGCGAAUGAAUGGUAUGCUUUAUAUAAUCAGAUAAAGCAGCUGGAACCCGCCGGUGAUUCCUUCUUAUUAGGUCUUCAAACUGCUGCAAUCGGGUUCCUCAUGUUUUUCAUUCCCCAGAAGUUGAUUAAAAAUCUGGAGAGCAGGCUUCUCCCAAAUCAAAUCGUGGAUGGGGAUCCCACGGGGCAUACUGCUGUUUCUGGAGACAGGCAGAGGAGUUCGGGAAGUACAGAUAAACCGUGGAUGAAACAGCUGAGGGCAAUCGCAAAGGCCAGCUUUAGUAAAGACGGAAGCGGAGGAAGCGGAUUUCCAAGCGAUCCUUCGACUAGUCAAGGAUUCUGGAGUCGGAAGAGGAGUGGGAGCUCUUCCAUGACUUCAUCGUCGGAUUCCAAGGCAAAACCUAAGAGUUUGCACAAAGAUUUAGAGAACAUUUUUGCUUCCAGGUGAAACAGGAACCAUUCAAGAAAUGGGGACUUAUUUGAAGGUUAUCAUCUCUGGUCAUCAGUCCACCGGCCAAAUUGGAAGCAUAACCGGCAAAACUACUAUUUGAAAAUCAUGGUGCUCCUUUCAGACUUGAUCACGCGAUAAGGAAUAUAAGACACGGGGUCCUCAGUACUAAAAAUUCCAGUUUUUCUGUCUCAAUGCACUUCUACCGGCAUCUUUGUGUCUCGAAAUUCGUGUAUUUCAAGAUUCUCACCAUAUGUCAGUGGCUAAAAGUGCAUUCGGGCAAGGAGACAGCGAAGUUUGGGAAUAACAGAACGUAGAUUCUCUCGUGUAACCAUGUAUUCAAGGUACAGAGGAUUAAUUAGGUAUGGACAUUGCAGUGAGUUAGUAGAUUGUAAGUUAAAAGGUUGGGACUUGCUUUGGUUCAUGCUAUAAUUUGCCUGAAGUAAGAGUAUUUUUUUUUUUUUUUAAUCCGAAAAGUAUUGUUUGUUGUUAC